UGUAGGGUAGUCAAGUGGUACUUGUACCCUGUACUUUGUGUCUCCAACAAUGCCGGCCAAUUUGCAACACCAGUGGCGACUGGAGUGACUAAAGUUAAGAUGCUUGCAUUGUUCACAGAAUGCUGAGUCUUUAGUGUAAGGUUUGUUUGGUCAAGGGUAGGGGCUGCGGCGGAAUUUGACCCUUAGUUCACAAUUGUGUUACUGUUUGGCAGGUAAAUUUGUAAGGCGUAUUUUUUUUUUCGUGUAGCAAGAUCACACUGAACUCCUGGGUCUUAAUGAAGGAAAAUUUCUGCUGUCAGGCGAAAAACAAAUUUCUCUCCUGUAAAACUAGAGGAAACAGUCGGUACGAGAUUGAUCGUUAAGUUACAGAAUGGUCUCGUGUAAUUACGUAACGGGUUAAUCAAUUUGUUUUCGUCUGCCAAAUCGUUCAAUUGUCUCUUCACAAAAGCAGGUCAAACUGUUGCCAGAGUGACUUCUAAGUGACACACCAGAAAAACUAUACAGGUUUACCGGCGCCAGGGCCAGGUACAGCGCGUUACCCGAUACCUGCCGGCCUAUCCGGUAACCUAGCAACAAUUGAAUAGCCUACAAAUAGCGUUCGCGCAAGGGUUGGAUUUCUUACCCCCAUUGAACUACACUUAAUCUACAAUCCUUAGUCUUCCAGGCGGCCGAGGUGUGUAAGGCGCAGCGAGCCCUACCACUCGAAAUGUCGAGUGCUGUAGAACUGUCUCUGACUUCACCGACGCUGCCCAGGUAGAGGCAUGAACGUCUUACGUCCCCAGCGUCUGCGUGUGGACGGACAGGAGCUCUCCAUACCCCGACAGAGCACCCCGGCUAGCCCGUUACGACGCCAGACCAGUCGAGAUGAGUGUUCAUCCUCACCAGAGGACCCCCAGUACGCCCCAGAAGCCGAGCAGGGGGAGUCACCGGUGGCACAUUUCCCAGAAGAGACGGAGGAACCCACCGAACCAAUAGUGGUCGACUAUCGGGCGGAACUGUACAAAGAUCCCGACAGAGGGUAUUUAACUCUUGACUUGAGCAACAAAAAUCUUGAGACAAUUCCUCAAGAAGUGUUUGAGAUCAAAGAAAUCGAGGGAUUGCUCCUCCAAGACAAUGAUCUAGAGUCGUUGCCAGGUGAAAUCGGAACGUUGCCAAACCUUAGAUACUUGAAUGUUUCAAAUAAUCACAGACUGGAAGACCUACCAGACGAGGUUGGUAACGCACAAAAGUUGGCACACAUCAGUCUCAUUCACUGCAGUCUCCAACAGAUUCCGGCAGUCGUGUUGAGUUUGAAGGGGCUGGACAUACUAGACCUCGACAGAAACAAGUUGCAAUCCAUUCCCGACGAUAUCUCUAACUUACAGGUCUUGCGUGAACUUUGGUUGACCGGUAACCAAUUGGAGUCGUUACCAGACUCAAUCGGUUUGCUGAUGAACCUUCAGAAACUCGGUCUCUCUAGGAAUAAGCUGACGUCACUCCCGGACGAGCUCGGAAAUCUUCUCUUCCUGCGGGAGCUGUGGCUGAGGGAUAACAAGCUGAUGACGCUGCCUGCAUCGAUCGGAGAGAUGGUGAACCUGCUGCGGCUGAACCUGGAGGAAAACAAGCUGACGUACCUGCCGGAGGAGAUGGGGAAGAUGGAGAGCCUCCUCGUGCUGAGGUUGGAGGGAAACAACCUGAGGAGUAUCCCAGCACAGAUUGGCCAAUUGAGCAAUCUCGAAGAGCUGGGUCUGUCAGAAAACAAGUUGGUCAAGUUACCGGAGGACGUUUGCAAUCUUGAGAAUCUUAAAGAGCUAGCGAUGGGGAAGAACAGGAUCGAAGAGUUCCCUGAAGGUCUUAGCAGACUGUCCAACCUGGAAAGCCUGUUCGCCAACCAGAACCGCAUCGCGUUCCUCCCGAGGGACAUCGGCAAGCUCCGUUACCUCCGCGAACUGAGCAUCGCCUCCAACGAGUUCGAAGACUUUCCCGAGGAGGUCUUAGACCUGACGUCACUAGAGAAGCUUUACCUCGGCCAAUGGGGAGGAGGGGAGAAGUUCACUGUGAUUCCGGAGGAGAUCGGGACGUUGGUGAGGCUAAGAGUCCUGGGUCUGGACAGCAACGCUUUCCGGAACGUUCCGGACAGCAUAGAAAACCUUCGUCAUCUGAGGGAACUAUACCUCGACCACAACAAGCUGGAGGCUCUACCAGAUAACAUAAGUUUUCUAAGAAACUUGAGGGAGCUAGACGUUGGAACAAACCGGCUGAAGCGACUCCCUACAUGCCUAGACAAGCUCACACGUUUGAAGAAGUUCAACGUCGAGAAGAACCCACAGUUGGUCUACCCUCCGCAAGACGUCUGCAAGCAGGGCAUCAAGGCCAUCUUCUGUUUCUUAGAGGAGGAUAGGAAGAAGAGGGAAGCAGAAGAAAUGCCGCGGGUCUUCAACAGACUGUCACUAAGGGUGGGGGCUCACCAGUGGAGACCCAUCGCUCGGGAACUGGGGCUAUCCGAGGCUAACAUAGGGGCAAUCAAGGACAAAGCCAAGGAAGAAGACACAGCUGAGCUGGCUUUCCAGACCUUCAUGCGCUGGCGUGGGAAGAACCCCAGCCGUGCAGACAAGACUGCACUUAGCAAACAUCUUCAGGCUUUGGGAAUGGGCAACCUGGUUACAUGCUUAAAGGAGAUGGACAUUUGACUAGCCCAAGGCGCUUUUAUCAACCCAAGGAGCUUUCGUUAUUGAUGAUAGCUCCUUGAUUAGCCUGGG